AUGGCCGCGCAAUCUUGGAACCCUUUCUCUUGCUGCGUCCGCGGGGCAGCCUUGGACGACGACGACGACUACGAGUCGCGGAGGGGGGAUAAGGGCAGCCCGAGGUCGCCGCUGAAGAACCUGACCUCGUCGGGGACGCUGUCACCGGAGGAGCUGUCGCUGACGUUGUCAGGCUCGAACCUGCACGCCUUCACAUACGCCGAGCUCCGGGCGGCGACGGCGAGCUUCUCGCGCGCAAACUACCUCGGCUGCGGCGGGUUCGGCCCGGUCUACAAGGGCGCCGUCGACGACAAGCUCCGCCCCGGGCUGGCCGCGCAGGCCGUCGCCGUCAAGUACCUCGACCUGGAGUGCGGCACGCAGGGACACCAAGAGUGGCUGGCUGAAGUUUUCUUUCUCGGGCAACUGAGGCACAAGAACCUGGUGAAACUGAUCGGCUACUGCUACGAGAACGAACACCGGAUGCUGGUCUACGAGUUCAUGUGCGCCGGGAGCUUGGAGAAGCACCUCUUCAAAAGCAUCAAUGGGUCUCUCCCAUGGAUGACAAGGAUGAAGAUCGCCGUCGGCACGGCAAAGGGCCUCGCAUUCCUCCAUGGGGCCGACCCGCCGGUGAUCUACCGCGACUUCAAAGCCUCCAACAUCUUGCUCGACUCGGACUACAACACUAAAUUGUCAGACUUUGGGCUGGCCAAGGAUGGGCCUCAAGGCGACGCAACACACGUGACAACACGUGUAAUGGGGACACACGGGUAUGCAGCACCUGAGUAUAUCAUGACAGGUCACUUAACCGCCAAAAGCGAUGUCUACAGCUUUGGUGUGGUGCUUCUGGAGCUCCUCUCAGGACGCCAAUCUGUGGACCGUGCACGACAACCAAGAGAACAAAACCUGGUGGAUUGGGCUAGACCGUACCUCAAACGAUCAGACAAACUGUACCAGGUGAUGGACUCGACCCUUGAGUGCCAGUACUCGCGCAAGGGUGCUGAAGUGGCUGCAUUGGUGGCAUACAAGUGUCUGAGCCAAAACCCCAAGUCGAGACCAUCCAUGAGGGAGGUCGUCAAGGCAUUGGAGCCUGUACUAGGCAUGGAAGACUUCUUUCCAGUGGGACCAUUGGUUUUCACCAUUGUCGUUGAGGAGGACAAGGUGAUGGACAUGAAGGUGGAGGUUGAGGAGAAGCACCAACACCAUCACCAGAACCAUCAAGACAGACAUCGACAAAAAUACCCUGAGUCGCCGAUGCAUGGUGGCAUUGUGCUCCAUGGCGACAACGGGCAUAUUGUCGGGUUUAGCGGUACAUUGCGGCGGCGACAGAGGACGUUGAGUUACCACCGGGAAAGAGGGGCUUAA